CCCGCCAGCUCGAUCCUCUCUGUGCGGCUCCCGCCGGAGUUCGAGGAAGAACUGGCAGGCCUGGCGGGGGCUCCGGCACGGACAUGCACAGCGCACGGCUUGACAGCUUCCUGAGCCAGCUCCGCUGUGAACUGCUAUGUAGCCGGGACACAGGCUCACCACCGAUGUCUGGCCCCCUGCAUCCACCCCCUAAAACUGGCCCAGGUGUGCAGCCCAGUCACCAGCUCAGGGCCUCAGAUGCCUUGGAAGAGGACUCAGUCUGCUGUGUGGAGGAGGAGGAGGAAGAAGAAGCUGUGGUGACAGAAGACAGGGGUGCAGCCUUGGGCGGCCCCAGGGAGCAUGCCUUGGACUGGGACUCUGGCUUCUCAGAGGUGUCAGGCAGCACAUGGCGAGAGGAAGAGCUGCCUGUACUCCAGCACCUAACACCCCCAGUACAGCCCCCUCAUAGCCAACGCCUCUGGGUGAGUGGCCUUGCCCUGCCCAGCAGGGCCCCUGGAGCCAGUGCACUACCUGUCCACCGUCCACGGCCCAAGUCCACUCCAGACGCCUGCUUGGAGCACUGGCAGGGACUGGAAGCAGAGGACUGGACGGCAGCCCUGCUGAACAGGGGUCGCAGUCGGCAGCCCCUAGUGCUGGGGGACAACUGCUUUGCUGACUUGGUGCACAACUGGAUGGAGCUGCCAGAGGCAGCGGGGGAAGGGGUCGAUGGAGAUGGGCUCCGUGCCCGUGCUCGGCCCCCACAGUUCCUGCUUGGCCUCUCGGAGCAGCUGCGACGCCGGCUGGCCAGGGCACGGCGGGCAGCUAUGGCGGGAAAGCGGCUGUCAUGCCCGCCUCGCCCGGAACCUGAGUUGCCUGCAGACGUUUCACGCUUUGCAGCCCUCAUGAGCUGCCGCAGCCGCCAGCCCAUCAUCUGCAAUGAUGUCAGCUACCUCUGA